AUGUUAUUGGUAAUGGAAAAGAAAUCUCAAUCUAAUAGUGAAAUAGAAGUAGCUAAACAUUUAUCUGAUACAUCACUGAAAAAUUUAAAACCAAAUCAAAGUCAAUUAAACCUGAUGAUGAAAAUUCAAAUAUUAGCAAAAGAAAACCAAAUGUUAAAAUUAUAA